AACAAUGGGCAAGUGGACUGCUUUAAAUGUUAUUCUCCUCUACCUUUAUUACCACCACUACCCCAUUUUGCCCCUAUACUUCUCCCCAAACACCACCUAAAUCCUUACAUUUCCCUGUGUGGAUUUAAACACAGAUCGAGGGGUAUUACAGUCAGCCAAAAACAUCCGAUCCAACAGAGCAAUUCGUCGUCGUCUUUUCUUCACAACGUUAGCGUGAAAGCAAAGUCACAGAAAGACGAUUGGAACGCUCCUCAUAUUCGCAUGAUUGAAUUGAAGUGGUCGCGUUUCGGUUUUUUUUUUUUUAAUUUUUUUCCGAUGAGCUUCUCUGCAAUUCUUUUUCCCUGCGGUUCCUGCAAUUAAUUCGCUCUGCAUAGACUGAGAAAUUGGAGAAGAAAGGCGCACAGAGAGAGAGAGAGAGAGAGAGAGAGUUUGUAAUUGUGUGUGUUGUGUUGAGCUCUGCAUUUGGUUCGGUUCUGAGAAAUGUUGGUUCAUAGGAGAGUUAUGACGUGGACGCGUGUGGCGAAGUCAUUACAGGCUCUGGUGGCUCAUGGUUUGCUCUUCUCCUUCACGCUUUUGCUCGUUCUCAAACUCCACCAUGCCGUUCGCUUCCCUUGGUGGAUUAUAUUUUCCCCCCUGUGGCUUUUCCAUGUUGUUGUCGCGCGGGGAAGAUUCUCCAUACCUGCUCCGGCACUUCCUCAUGAUCGUCAUUGGGCGCCCUUUCAUGCUGUCAUGGCAACACCAUUGCUUGUUGCUUUUGAAGUACUCCUUUGUAUAUACCUGCAGAACAAUAAUGUUGUAUCAUUGAAGAUUGUAUUUAUUCCUUUGUUGGUUUUUGAAGCAGCAAUUUUGUUUGACAAUAUCAGGAUGUGUAAGGCUUUAAUGCCUGGAGAUGAUGAAACCAUGAGUGAUGAUGUGAUAUGGGAGACGCUUCCUCACUUCUGGGUUUCAAUAUCUAUGGUCUUCUUUCUUGCUGCAACAAUAUUCACUCUUCUGAAGAUAUGUGGUGAUGUAGCUGCUCUAGGCUGGUGGGACUUAUUUAUAAACUUUGGAAUUGCAGAAGGUUUUGCCUUCCUUGUUUGCACAAAGUGGUAUAAUCCAGCAAUUCAUAGGCAUUCUCACAUUAGAGAAUCCUAUUCAUCUUCAAUGAAUAUUAGAUAUCUUGACUGGAAUAGAGGCUUGGUAAUUUCUUCAGACGAAGACCAGCAACAGAGUGGAAUAUGUGACCUGCAGGAUGUUGGUGGGCAUGUUAUGAAAAUUCCUUUCAUUAUUUUCCAGAUCCUGCUUUUUAUUUACCUAGAGGCAGGACCAUCUGGUGCUAGGCAUCUUUCAAUACCAAUUGUUUUUUCUCCUCUUCUUUUGCUGCAAGGAGCUGGGGUUUUAUUUGCUGUAUAUAGAUUGGUGGAGAAAGUUAUUAUCUUAUUAAAUAAUGGAUUUGGUUCUAGAAGAUACUUUAGCAUAGCAUCAAAAGUUCAGGAUUGUUUUGGUUUCUUGCACCGUGGUUCAAGGUUGAUAGGUUGGUGGUCGAUUGAUGAAGGAAGUCGAGAGGAGCAGGCUAGGAUAUAUAGUUCUGGGGCUUCAGGGUACAACACUUUCUCACCUGAAAUUGUGAAGAAAAUGCCUAAAGCAGAUCUUGUUGAGGAGAUUUGGAGAUUACAGGCUGCACUUAGUGAGCAAACAGAAAUCACAAAGUAUAGCCAGCAGGAAUACGAGAGACUUCAGAAUGAAAAGAUCCUGUGUAGAGUAUGCUUUGAAGAACAGAUCGAUGUAGUCCUCCUUCCUUGCCGGCAUCAUAUUCUGUGCAGAACAUGCUGCGAGAAGUGUAAAAAGUGCCCCAUAUGCCGUGUUGCUAUUGAAGAACGCUUGCCUGUAUAUGAUAUCUAGUGUGGAAACAUGUUGACGGAAGACCAGAAAUGGAGGUUUCUUCUCGAAUACUACACAGUUGCUUCUGAUUUUAAAUGAAGCAAGCACUGAAAUAGCUGGAAAGUGUUGUUUCUGUAAAUGUGCCAUUACAAAAUAUGACAUUUAUGAAAUGUAAAUAUACCGAAACAAUAUCCAUUUACAGAUUUGAAUUUUGUUAAUGUUGUAUGUUGUGCCAUCAUUGUUUGAUCAAUCAAUGGAAAGUUUGAGUUUGAGAAUUCCAUGAUUUGGCUUAAUUUUAACUAUCUAAGUUUGAGCACUCCUAGAUGGUGAAGGAUACAUACAAUAGAGCCUAUAUGAUUUGAAAAGGGUACUUUAUAAACCUAGCUUAUUCAUCGGCCUGGAAACUGGGUAAAACGAAGCCCUCGUUUGGUACAAUGCAAAUGUACCGAAAGCUAUGUUUUGGUGUUAAAAAAAUAAUAAUAAUAAUAAUAAUAAUUAUUAAAAAGCAUUUACCUAAGCAAAACAAUUACAGCAUAAAUGUUUUGAAUGAGAGAAGGAUAAUGCUGAAUGGAAGAUUUUUCUUCUGAAUAGAAAUCAUGAAUAAUUGCGCAAUACAGUACUUAUUUCUGAAUAAGCAAUCAAUCUUAUGAUGGAACGCAUACAUAGAAUGACAAAUAAUGAUAGAAGUUUUUAACUUCUUAAAACUGGUGGUCUCAAAUCCUUAAUGCGUCUUAAACCUGGUGAUCUCAGGUACUUAAUAUCAAGUCGAAAUACAAUUUUUUUUUUUUUUUUCCAGAAAACCUAUUUCACCA